CCAAUCGGUUGGUUUCGAGUAUGGGGCUUGUUUCAGCUUCGUUAGUGUUGUUGCUGCUGGUGGCAAGUCCUGCAGUAUGGACGAGAGAUAUUCCACGGCGGGAGCUCCCGGAAGAUGUUGCUGAGGAUGCUCCAGAAGUUGUAGGAUUUGCAACGGGAUGCUCCCUAACACUUGCUACAGCAGCGCUGCCUCAACCACAGCCCCUGUUUCUUAUCCCCGGCACGGAUCAGUUCAAGUAUCCUUCAACGUCCAGUGGCAUUCUGACGCUGAGCGCAGGAGAAACCUUGGAGUUGGCUUGUCAGAAUGGGUUUUCACUGUUCCCUUCGGAAACUUCCAUCGUCGUGACGUGUGUGCUUGACGAUCAGUUCAACUAUGAAAGCAAAAUGUAUGCCUUCACGGAGUUCGGCUGUACGGCUAACUGGCGCAGCGUGGCUCGACGCACGGCCAACCGUUGCUACAACGAUGCCACGAUCGUUGAGAUUGGAUUUGAGAUGGGAGCACGAUUCCCGAAGAUCAUGGACGUUUGUCACGAUGAGGUGACGUACGACAAUCACUAUCUAGUCCACGAGUUUACCCCGGCGAAUGCAGGCUUCCAGACGGGUGUACCGCGGCCGGGUUGGAUUCAGGGUAACUUCUAUCCGGGCGUUACCGUCAACACACUGUACACCGUCAAUAUGCAGCGGGAAACGAUUGCAACCAUUCUGGACUCACAGCCCCGGGCGGACGAGCUGGUACAAACGACAAACAACGGUAUCUACAUGGCUCGGGGACAUAUCGCCGCUCGGGCGGAUUUCAUUUAUGCCACGCAACAGAACGCCACGUUUUGGUUUCUCAAUGCUGCCCCACAGUGGCAAAACUUUAACGCUGGCAAUUGGGAGCGCAUUGAGUCGUCGGUGAAAACGUUUGUGGCGGCUCGCAAUAUUCGGGUGCGGGUUUACGGCGGUACGUACGGUGUGCAGACGCAGGCCGAUGGUAAUGGAGAUCACCGGGAGAUCUUCCUGGACUUUGAUCCGAAUGGACGGACGCGCUUGAGAGCACCGAAGGUGUACUACAAGAUCCUGCACAAUGAGGCCCAGAACUCAGGGAUCGUGCUGAUAGGAGUUAACAAUGUGCACAUCUCGCUGGAGGAGAUCCGACGGGACUACAUCUUCUGCACGGACGUGAGCAGUCGGAUUGGGUGGAUUAACUGGGAUCGGGAAAACCUUUCCCGGGGCUACUCGUAUGCGUGCGAGGUGAACGAGUUUAACCGCGUGCCACUUGGCCACUUCGCUACAGCUGAACGUGCGUCUGCAAGUUCAGAGCAAGCUACUAGCUCAGGAGGCUCUCACGCCGAUCACAUUAUCGCCAAACCGUUCACCUGA